AAAAAAGUAGCACCGCUUGUCCUUUUCUAUUUUAACAUUUUCCCAUAUUUGUUUUAUCACGUUCACCAUCAUCCCAAGACAAUGACGCAACAACUUUUUCUUGAUUUCACCUGAUGUGCUAAUGCUUUCUACCUUCAUCCACGAGCCCCCGCUCGUGUACUACGGUGGGUGAUGAGUCCAUGAGAGCAAAAUUUACACAGUUUUCCUUGAAAAGUAAAACCAAUUUGUAUCAGUUUCAGUUUCAUUUCUUGCUUGUCCUUUAUUUGCGUAGUUGUCGACCAACAGAAUGAAACGACGCGGACCCACCUUCUCCUACCAGAUGCUUUUACUGCUGUGCAGGAUGCUCUCCCGGCCGGCGGUGUGGCUGCUCGCCCCGUGGAGUGCCUCUAUCCUGGACACGGCGGGAAAAGGCUACUACAUUUCGGCGGCGCGAGAGCAGCGUCGAGCCCAGUCCACCAGCCUGCGGGGAGUGGGUCGGCUUUCCCCCUUCAUGCGGGCGCAGCGGGAGGCGCAGAGGAAAGGCCGCAGACGCACGGCCAGGCGCAUAAAAGGGAUGAGGGACCACGCGGAAGACAACCUCUACGCCCACAGGGUAGAAGACGACUCUUCAUUCAUUUCACCGUCAAACGACAGGAUUGUUGAUGAAAACGUCUCGUCCCGUCCCGGCCCGCCAUCAGAAACCGGCACUACAUCUACUUCGGUAAUCGACAACAGGCAAGGGUCGCGACCAGCAGUCCUAGAGUCCUUGCGGAGGAAAGCCGCGACACCUAGCAGUAGUACAACUAACGAAGACCACUCGUUUCUCCUUGAUCCAGAAAGUAGAGAGGAAAUUUAUGUUCCGGCCCCUAGCCGUGCUAGUACAACCGUCGCUGGCUCUGUUGCACCAGAAGACGCAGUUCCGUUCGGGGAACCACAAGGUGAAGAAGACUUUCUUGAGCAAGCCGAUCAUAGUGGUGAACACGCCAGCAUACCACUCCCGGGUGACGACUUACCUCGGGCACAACAGACGAUCUCAGCGGAGGACGAUUUCGACACUUCAGCGUCUAAGUCGGAAAUAACAGCUCCUUCUGCACGGCCGGCAGAUGAGCUGCAACUAGAUCCUGCAGAGUUAGCAGAAACACGACAGGACCCCCGCGACCAGUUGCUUUUCCCGUCCUUCUUGCAACUCGCAAACAGGUUUUUGUUUUUCCGCGAGAUGAACAAAGAGCAGUUAUUUCGAAAAACCGGAGACGACGGGACGGCGAGCGCAGACGGCGCGGCGAGUACGGGAAUGUCUGUUGGCGCGAUCGCCGGUAUCGCCGCCGGAGGUGCCGUGCUUCUGAUAGGUCUCAUCGUCGGACUCGCAAUUGGGUGUGGCGGUGGAAACAAGAAGAGCGAGGACGGCGCAGCUUCUAGCGAGGGGACUACAGCAGGAGCUGCAGCAGUUGUAGCAGAUAGCACGGAAGAUGUUUCCGGGAAUGAGACGGGAACAGAUGCUGCUGCCGGCGGUGACGGCCCCAUCAGCAAGAAGAUGUUCAGUGGCAACAUGCCGCGUGCCGAGGGAGAAAGCGCGGAGAGCGACGAUGCGGAGCCGCUGGAGGAAUCGGACGUGUGCCAACUGCUGAAGAACAACGGCGCGAGCGAAGAAUUCGCGAACCAACUCGCGGCCAAAAUCGCAGACCCCAACCGCGCCAACAGUACGGAGCUGAAAAAGCCGGACGCCGAGAGCGACCUGAUGGCGCUGAUCAACUGCGGCUGCAACUGCAAAACCAUCGGGGAGGCCCGGCGGGUGCUGAAGCUGAACCACAACAUACCGGGCAUCGCGGAGGAGGACCAGGUGGUGCUGAUGAAGGAGCUCGGCAUGGACGCCAUCGUCGCGGGGAUGCUGGCGAAGGCGAUUUGCAACCCCGGGAACAAGCCAGACCAAGAGCUGCCCGCGAACCUGCUGGAGCACCUGGACGCCUUCGGGUUCAUGCAGGGCGACAACUUCGGGAUGGCGCGCGAGGCGCUGCAGGAGCUGCACCAGGCGGCCGGGGCCGCCACGGACGCCGUGGUGAGCGCCAUGCCGUCGCAGAUGGACACCAGCGGCAUGCGGCCCUCGAUGGUGCAGCGCGUGAAGACGCAGAAGACGCGCAAAGUGCGCACCCGCAAGCCGGCGCAGACCGCCGCCGCCGACGCCCAGCUGGCCUCGCAGAUGCCCGCGGCGCCCACGCAGGCGGAGACGGCGCGCAUGAACGAGCUAAAGUCGCAGGUCCGGAAAAAGAAGGAGAUCGUGAAGCAGGAGAAGAAGACCGGCGGCGGGGGGGGCGCGCGCAAGUCGCAGAUGAUCUCCGCGCGGGACUACGAUUACGGGAACAUGGCCUCCACCCGCGGGGACAUGGCGUCGACCCGCAAGAGCGUGAGCCCGGCGUCCACGCGGUCGCCGGCCGGGCGGAAAUCCGCAAGGGGCCCGAUCGAUUCCGCAGAGCCAAACAUGGACAAGGACGACAAAUGGGAAAAAGCGCGGCAAAACCCCGAGGUGGAGAAGAUCUUCAAGAAGCUGCUGCGGAAGGGCUUGACCAACGAGGGCGCGAAGAAGGUCUGCCUUCAGAUCACGGACCCGUCGGUGCGGGAUGUGCUGCCGUUCGACGACGCGUUCCUGGCGCACAAGGACCGCAGUAAGCUGGCGGAGCUGUGCGGCGCGCAGGUGGGCGCGCGGCUGCUGGUGCGGGACGUGCGCGAGGUGUGCGGGGGGCUCCCGGGGGACAUGAAGAACACCAUGGCCAGUACCCGGGCCUCCAUGAUGCCCUCGCAGAUGCCCACCAGCACCCGCGCCUCCAUGGCGGCCACGUCCGCGCGGCCCUCGAUGGCCAUGGCGGCGCUCAGUCUGGAGGACACGGGAACCUCGGACACCCGGUUCCAGCAGCACGCGAUGAAGCUGGUCACCAACAAGAAGGACUUCGACGACGCCAAGGACGGCAAGCUCGACCUCGUCGGCCCCACCCAGCUGGACGUGGCCGCCGUGCUCGUCGCGCAGGGGUUCACGGAGGACUACGCGGUCGCCCUGGCCAAGCAGUUGAACGACGCGAAGACCAAGGACGAGGACAAGAUCGUGAAGGCGGGCGAGGACGACCUGAUGUUGCUGCAGGCCUUCGACAUGAGCAACCACGCGCACGUGGCCGUGAUGCGCGGGUUCGUGGCCGGGCGCGGGUGGGGCGGGUGCCGGCUGCUGGGCGAGUACGAGGAGAAGUUCGGCGCCGGCGGCGACACCAGCUGGGUGAAGCGCAAGGACGUGGAGGACCUGCUGGCGCCCUUCACCGCGAAGUUCCGCAAGAAGCUGGCCGGCAUGCUGCUGGACGAGAAGUACCAGAACCGGGGCAAGGACCCGGUGGCCCUGAACGACGCCACCAAGGAAGACAAGCAGAAGUUCAAGGACCUGUUCGACCCCAACGACGACCACCCGGACGACAAAGUCCCGCUGAAGGAUUUUAAGAACAAAGUGCUCGACGACCUGAAGGACAAGAAGAAGAUGUUCACGGGCCAGGACAUGCAAAACAUCCUGGACCCGAAGAAGCCGGGCAACGAAGAGCGGGGGCCGAAGUACUUCGACGACACGAAACCGCCGAAGAACGACAAAGCCAAGGACCGCAUGAAGAAGGUGCUGGAGGAGGAGUUCGGGUUCACGCCGCCCUACGCCGACAAGGUGGCGGACCAGCUGCUGGACCCGAACGUCCCGCCCAAGCAGGACCUGCCCAAGCCCACGGACAAGAAAGACAAGCAGGCGGUGCAGGACAACGCGAAGGACACGAAGGACGCGGGGCACGCGCGCGCCCUGGUGCGGAAAAAGUGGAGCGACGACAUCAAAAAGCGGGAUAAGGACCGAAAGAAGAAGGACAAGGAGGCGCGCAAGUCGCAGACGCCCGGGGGACCACCCGGCGGCCGGAAGUCCGCGCGCCCCUCGGCACGCCACGGUGGACCGGGCGACGACCGCAAGUCGCAGCGCGGGGGCGGGGGCAGCCCCGGAGACGGCGGUAGCACGCCAAGGGACCGCAAGUCGAGGAUGCCGGGCGGCGGCGGACCGGAUGAUAAAAAGAACCGCAGCAAGGAUAACAAGGGCGGCGCAACAAGCGGUAGCGACCGCGACGAUGACGGCGACUCAGGGUCGAGAAAGAGGAAGGACGACGGCGGCCGCAAGUCCGCGCGGCCCUCCGCACGCGGCGGUGACGGGGGCCGGAAGUCCGCCCGUGGCGGCGACGGGGGACGGAAGUCGGCGCGCCCGUCGGCGCGCGGUGGGGGCGACGACUCCCAUGGCGGCAAGAAGCGGCGGAAGUCGGACGACCCCUUCGGCAGCACGUCCAACAUAGACGAUGAGACCGACGGCGGCACGAAGAAGAAAAAGAAGGACAAGUCGGGCCGCCCCGGCGAUUCCGGCGACGAUUCUUUUUCCAGUCGAAACAACGAUGAUAGCGACGGCGGCUCGAAAAAGAAGAAAAAGAAAGAUAAGGGCGGGCCCUAUAAUAGCAGCGGUGGCGGCCCGGGCGGGUCGAGUAAGAGUGGCGGCGGUCGUCACGGCGACGACGACGACGAAUCCGAAAGCGGGGGAAACCCCACCCAUAGUGGCAAGAAAUUCGACGGCGGAAGCAUGGGCAACUAUGGCCCGGGCCAAAGCAUCGACAACCGCAGCUACAACAACCAGUCGGGAAAAGCGAAAGACAAAUCGGGCGGCAAGAACAAGCCGGGGUCCCCAGGUGGACCUCCGCCAGGGCCAGAUUGGCUCGUGGGCAAACCGCCCGGCGGGGGCGGUGGAGGUGGUGGCGGUGACGACAACGACAGCGGUAUCCUGUGCAAAAACGUCACUACCCCGAAGUCAAAAUCAUGGCACUGGUAGAUAAUUUUCUAUGUAUGCAUUGUAGGCACUUUACUUUUUCGAGUACGUAUACUAGUUUUAGAUUUACUAGUAUGGCGAGUGCGACGAGAUGCAGUUGCGCAGAGUAACUUCUAUGGGUCUGUAGUCUAGUGAGUCCCGAUCCUGAUACGAGGGUGCGCUUUGCAAAAGCUCCUUACAAGAGGUCAUGCGAAUCUCUGCAUGACCAAGAAGUCUAGUAGGGGGUUGGAACGUUUUUCCACGGGAUAGGCGGGAACAAUUUCAACGAUAACAACGGGGACGAAGACGACGGGAGCGGAAAAAAGAAGCGAAGUUACAGCUACGGCAAGAAAAACCCGUUCAACAACUUCUUCCGCCAGCCCGGCCAGGCGGCCUCGGAGGCGAACCGCGGCAAGGCCCCGUUCCACCCCGGUGGGAAGGCGGGCGGCGGCGGGCCCGGGUACACCGCGAACCAGCACCCGGGGGGGCGCGACGACGACCCCUACGGCCCCGGCCGCCGGGACGUGUUUGACACCUACGGGAUAGUGCACAUGCAGGUUGGUAAAACCGGCGGCAAGAAAAACAAGAAAGGGAAGUACACCGGCGACACCGCCGAGGCACUGGACCCCUUCGACCCGGCCAACCUGAAGCGGGAAAACCUCCCGCAACACCUCCAGGACGUGCCCAUUGGGUACGUCGGAGACAACCAGUUGUUCGACUUCUCGACCGCGGAGGUUACAAAGGCGCUGCUGAACAUGGGAUUCGCGCAGAAGUACGCGACCGCCCUAGCCCGGCAACUGUGGGACCCGCGGGUGGUGGACAAGACAAAGAUUCUCCCCGCGAAGGGCGUGAACACGACGGUGUUUGAGAGGUUGGGCUUCGGCGGCGCCGAGUCCGUUGGCGAGUUGCGCGGCUACGUGAAGGCGUGGCUGCGGGCCCCGAACGCGAUCUCCCGCCUGGACCCACUCGCGGUGGCGGGCGAGUCACUGGAGUUUGGCGACUUCGAGAACUGUCUGCUGUCCUUCGGCUUCACCCCGGACUUUGCGAAGCAGGCCGCGAAGGAGUGCGUGAAGUUUCAGAACUCGCUGGGCGUCGACGGCGGCUGGCCCUACGCCAGCUCGCCCUCCGACGUGGCGGUGCUGCGGGAGCUGGACUUCACGCCCGAGACGACAAAGUUGCACCACCUGUUCCCCCUGAUCCAGACCGAGACCGCGUACCAGUGCGCGCACCGCGAGGUGGAGACGGCGCUCCGCGGCGCGGGGUUCACGGCGGACUACGCGAAAAAGGUCGCGAAGCAGAUGAUGAAUCCGCUGGCCGCGGACGGCGGCUGGGCGCCCCCCGAGCAGUACGAGGUGGCGAGCGAGGGCACGAGCUGGCAAGAGGCCUUCUCGAAGGCGAAGAGGAAACAGGAGAUUCUGACCGCCGGGGGCGGGUACCUGCCGAACCGCGGCGACUACGAAACCGCCACCACGGGCGGGCUGGAGGCCGCCCUCGCCCGGAUGAAGAAGCACCAGACGCACGUGACCGCGGACGGCUACUACGACCCGGUGUACGCCGCGGCGGAGCGCGGCGAGCUGAUUGAGGGCUUUCUGAAGGCGCGGGGCAACCGCGCGCGCGAGGCGAACGCGGGCGCGGACCCCAACGACAAGAUCCCGAUCGCGACCGACGAAACGGACCUGCGCAUCCUGGAGCGACUGGGGCUGACCGGCGGCGCGGAGGCCGCGCAGAUGCGCGGGUGGCUCGAGAAGCGGUGCCGCAUAAAGACAGACAAGCGCCGGUUCGUGAACGACAACAUCUACACGGACACCCAGUGCGUGUACUCGCUCGGCGAGGCCGAGUCCGUGAUGAAGCGCGUGGGGUUCACGCCCACCUUCGCGGCGAAAGCGGCCGAAACGCUGUACUACGACGGGUCCAUCAACGGGGACGGCGCCACCGCGGCCGACCUGCGCAUCCUGGAGCACCUCGGGCCGCUCGGGGACGCCGAGACCGCGGGCAAGUGGGACACCUUCAUCCGCAAGGAGAAGCUGCGCAACGUCGGCCCCAACACGGGCGACAUGGCGCUGCUGGGCGUGGUCGGGGACAUCGGGCUACUGGAACAGGCCCAGUUCGGCGAGGUAGAGUUUGCGGGCAUGGCGGAGCGCAAGAUGGAGCUCGUCAAGAAGCAGCGAAAGCAGAAUGUGGUCGCGGACCUGCAGACCCUCGAGAAGAUCGCGUUCGGCGACCCCAUGGUGGCGACCAAAGUCCAGAAAUUCAUGACCGCGAAUAAAAUCGGGGGCGGGGGCCGGAAGGAGACCUACAAGCAGGAUCUGAAAACGCUGGAGCAGCUGGUGAUGAACGAGCCCGAGAUGGCCGAGCAGGUGGAGGGAUGGAUGAAGGUGGAGCGCAUCGGGCAGACGGGCAAGAAGGCGCUGGCUGCCGAUCUGGCCCUGUUGGAACAGCUGGUGUUCGAGAACGCGGAGGUGGCGGAGAAUUUCACCGGGUUCGUGAAGGCGAACAACCUCGCGAUGCCAAGGCGGGAAAAGGAGAAGAUCAAGGAGCUGCGCGCCCACAACAUCGGGGCCAUGGGCCUGAACGGGGAGAUCGAGUCCGCGGAGCUGCGCGGCGGGCUGACCCGCGCGCAGAAGCUCGGGACCAACCGGCGCGACCCGGAGGUGACCGCGGACCUGGCCUUUCUGGAGCAGAUUGUGUUCGGACAGGCGGAGGUGGCGGACAUGGUCACCCAGUUCGUCGCGAAGGAGAAGAAGAAGCUGCAGACGGAGACGCUGGUGAGCCUGACCUUCGGGGAGGCGGAGAAGGUGAUGUUGCAGCAGGGCUUUUCGCCCGCCUUCGCGCGGGGCAAGGCGCGGAAGAUGGUGCUGAAGCACGACGAGGCGGUCCCGCAGACCCCGCAGGACCUCCAGGCGCUGGCGGACCUGGACCUGACCACCAUGGAGGGAGACGACCGCGACGCGCAGCUGCUGAACCUGGUCAUCGCCGAACAGGCGGUGGGCAAGCAGGAGAAGCAGGCGGACGUGGCCACCGCGGCGGUGACCGCCGUGCGGCGGAAGGUGAACCGCCCAAACCCGGGCCCCUGUUCCUGUCUGCCGUGCUGCGCGAGACCCGACAUAGAGGAGUUCGUGGACGACGACAUCGGCAUGGGGGUAGCGCCGACCGAACCAGCCAAGGAGGACGAGGACGAACAGGAGCUAGCCGACCUGCUCACCGCUGGCGCCGCGUCGGGGCCGACGGAGACCGCCGAGGACCUGGCGCUGCCGCCCGAGACCGCGACCUCCGCCGGGGCCCUGACGGAGGACGACAAGGAGCUGUUUGCCGAGGCCGCGGAGGCGGAGCGCAACGACAUCGAGGAGGUGCUGGUGAACGGCGGCUUCGCUCGGUCGGACGCGAAGCGCAUCGCGCAGAAGGCCACCACGGACGGCCACGUGAACAACUUGAUAGCGGAGUCGGACAUGACCAUCCUGAAGGACAUGGGCUUCGGGGGCGUGGAAACCAUGGGCACGCUGCGAAACUACGUGGCGGCGCGGAAGGUGGCGGCCAAGGCCGCACCCACCACGAAGCCCGACGACUACGAGUACACCGUGCAGUCCGCGCUGGAGGACAGCGGCGAGAUCGCCUUCAUCCGCGACGCGGCACAGAUCGAAACGGUACUCGUGGAUAAGGGGUUCACAAUGGGCUACGCGAAGAAAGCGGCGAAGGCCAUGGUGGAAAACCCGGAGGAGGUACGAUUGGAAAUGUUGGUUCACUAGUUCUAGUACUUCAUCCAGCAUCGCAGAUUAAGAGGCUUUAUUUCAAUCUUCACGUGAUGCAAACUCCAGGUCCAGUGUCAUGCAAAUAAAAGAAUUCGCUCUCGCUGGCUAGAAGUGGAAGAUAGGCACUGUGGCUUCUUGUUAUCCGUGCUUUUCCUUACUGUCCGGAAGCGCGAAUGGCUGACUCUCUCUGUCAUCAUGCGUGCUGACGAACUUGGCGUGCAGAUUCCACAAGAUCAUCAUCUCAGUUCCAGUUGUUUUAUGAAAACAUAUAACAUUGCUUGCAUACGAGUUUGAGUUUGUGAAGAUGUUUUGCGUGUCUACUUAUGUUUAAUUUUCGGAUACAAUUCUACAACAGGCUCCCCCCUCAGAUGAUUUGACUGAGCAAGACAAGGAAGCGAUGGAAAACGCGGGCGUGAAUGCCGAGGAGGGCAUUGCGGGCCUCCAGUCCCUCGUCGAGGACGCGACUGACAAACAGGUGCUUUCGUCCGCGAUGAUGAGCACCUACAGUCUGGCCUCGGUGGAGGUGGCGGCCGACACCUGUCUGGACCUGGGGGAGACCGAGCAGGCCCUGAUCACCUCCGGCUUCAAGCCGAUGGUCGCCAAGUCCCUGGCGAAAAAGGUCGCGCAGGACGACGACGCGGGCGCCGGCACGAAAAAAUUGACCAACGAAGAGAAAAAGGAGCUGAUCCGGGCGGGCGCCGGCGGCUUGGCCACCAAGGGCGCGGUCCGGAGCUACCUGAUCGCCAACCACGCGCAGUCGAUGCCCAAAAGCAUGAACAGUGUGGGUGGAAAGAUCAUGUCGCUCACCAGCAACGCCGACUUCCAGUCAAACAUCGGGUCAAAGCUGCAAAGCAUGCAAAAGAACGGCGGCAUCGACAGCACCAUGCAACUGUUAUCGGGAACCGGUUAGGUUGCUGGGACUAGGACUACACCGCCGCCGGUCGAGAAUCCGUCAAAAACUGAAUGCUCAUGCUUUGUGUCUCCUCCUUAAUACGAUUAGUUCGUUGUUCUCCAAAGAUGUCUUUUCUAAUUUCCUGUUCAACAUGAUUCAGAAUCUGUUUAGUACAUUUUUAUACAUCAACAUGCACCAGCUUCAAAUGCUGUUCAAAAGACGUGAACACCCUUCACGCGAAACUCGUUUCAAUUUUUUUCUAGAUAGCACCUUUUUGAAUUCCAAUUUCAUAUUUACUUGUAACACUUACACUUUCAGUAUGGCUUCGUUCUCGACUAUUAAUCAUCACUUUUCAAGUUUUUACAUUGUUUAAGCAUAUUCACAUUAUUCAAAUUCCAUUGUUUUUGUUUACACACUAAGUCAACUUUGCAAUUUAAAAUUCACACGAAUUACACUAGCCGACAGAUGACAAAAGUCGUCAUAAUUCUGGACUUGUUUUAUCGAACCAUAAAGAAAGAACCCGGUCCUCAGCCCACGUUUCACAAACAGUAACCCUUUGACUUGAGAGAAAGAGAAGUUGAAUAUAUGCGCUUGAUAUAAGUACGAUUUGUACCGUAUCCCGGUGCUGCUGCUAGUCUCUUACAUCUCAGGAACAAAAAAAAACGAAAUAUUCUCACUCCAUGGGGAAGAAAAAGAUCUAAAUCUGAAAUAUGCCUGGCGAAUGAAAUCGCCAGCGCUUUAUGCCGCGCUUAUGAAGUCAUCGCGUCAACUUGUCGCGGUUCAAAACAUUUUUC